AUGGCGCUCUGUGCAAAGGGCAACGACAAAUCUGUGCCGCCGUCGGCAGCAGUUAACCCUCUAAACGCCGACGUCGAAGAUCCGGCGGUCAUGUCGGUGCUGCGCCGGUGGAAGAGAGAGGGAUACCUGGAGAUGGCUUGCCUGGUCCUGCGCGUUCUGGCGUGGGUCUUCUCGGCACUCGCGUUCGUCGUCAUGGCCUCCAAUAAACAUGGAGAUUGGAGGGACUUCGACAAGUAUCAAGAGUACAGGUGAUUGCUUAGGGUUCCAGUCACUCCCUCCCUCCCUCCCUUCCCCCUCCCUCAGAUUACGAUCGAGUCGACGCAUCGGGAUCAGAUGGGCAAAUCAAAACAACAGUAAGACUGAGCAACUCGAGCCCUGCCGUGAUUUCUGCGACUGAUCAGGUACCUACUGGCCAUCUCCGUCCUCGCCUUCGUUUACGCGACGGUGCAGCUCGUCCUACAAAUUCUCCGACCGAGCGGCAGGAAAGAUUCGCCGCCGACCCGGGCGACAGCUACCGCGGAUUUCGCCGGUGAUCAGGUACCUCUGCAUGUUUCAUUUCCGUUUUGGAUGAAUCUUCGGUUGCCAUCUUAGUCCAUCCCCUCCUCCACCUCAAGGAUGAAGGAGAAGGAUGAGAAGAAGAAGAAGAAGACGAUAACAGUUUGAUUCCCUCAUCAGGUCGCUGCCUACCUGUUGAUGUCGGCGCUGUCGGCAGCAGCUCCGAUCACCAACCGCAUGAGAGAGGGAGCGGAGAACACCUUCACAACCGCGUCCUCCGCUUCCAUCACCAUGACCUUCUUCGCAUUUGCGGUGCUCGCCAUGUCCGCGCUGGUCUCCGGGUUCAAGCUCUCCAGGCACAACUAUACGUAA